AUAUUCCUGGACCAAAACCGCAUCUUGGCCAAGCGGUUUUAGGUCUGACCUACAGAAACCGCUUGGCCGAGGUGCGGUUUUGGCCUGACCUAUCAAAAUCGCACCAUGAAGGUGCGGUUUGUUUCUCCCAAACAAAACCGCACCCCCAAGGUGCGAUUUUGCCAUACAAACCGCACCUCCAAGGUGCGGUUUUGGUCAAUCAAUUUCCGACAUGUCAUGCAGAAUAACAGACGUAACAGGCGUGGGUCUGUAUGGGCCUGCAUGGUAGACAAAAACCACACCUCUAAGGUGCGGUUUUCAUCAGUGAUUUUGCCUAUAAAAGGCCUCCCGGAAAACCACUUCUCUUCACACAUCUCAUUCUCCCUUUUCAAUUUUCUGUUGUAGCUCUAUAUUUCUUUAGUAGUUUUGCGAUUAACUUUAACUCGUAAGUUUAUUUUGUAUUACUUUUUAUUGUUAUUUUUGAUUUUUAUGAUAUUAACUGAACUACGGUUUUAUCGCAGAUGGCAUUCCAAAAGUUCACGCUUGGCUUACGGUGGAAUGGUUACACGGAAGAGACCGGAAAGGGGGUCACCUACGUCGGUGGCAAUUUUCAGAAGAUAAAGGUCGCUACCAGACCGCUGCUUGAAGACCUCCAUCAAAUGUGCACUAACGUUACUUGCAUGGAUGGCACGAGAAGAGUUGAUCGUAUGGUGUACCGAUACCCAAACAGAGAAAGUGGGUCAUUGUGGCAUGAGGAAUAUCUCAUAACCACUCAGGAUGAGGUAGAUGCCAUGCUCGAAUUCAUGAGGUCUAACAAUCUUUCCAAAGCCGAGAUGUUCGUUUACACCGAGCCGGUCGUAGGCGUUGGAGGUCAUUCUGGACACGGUCAAACAUCUGGUAUCCAUGGUGGAGGUGAAUUAUAUGGCGAUCAUCCCUACCAAAGUUACCAUGAUCCUCAUUCAUAUUUUCAGUACCAAGAGCAAGGUGAAGAUCAUCAUCAAUCUUUCCCGUCAUAUGAAGAAGAAGUUCAACUGGACCUCCCCAACCAACCUCAGUACAACUUCCACUCAGGCAGCGGUAGUUUUCACAACUACCAUUAUGGAGCUGAUGAAGGUGCCUUUCAUGAACUGGAUCAGAUGGAGGAUGCCCUGCCAGCACCAGUCAGUGACCCCUCCGAUGAAGAAGGAGAGAACAACGUCAGUGCAGACAGCUUCGACCCUCUUGAAGGUGCUGAUGAUUCAGGACCAGAGUCAGACUCAACUAAUGAUGAUGAGGUGGCUCAUGACCGUGUACCAGUCCCCCACUACAAUCACAUUCCAGAUGACAAUUGGAUGGUCGACAGCGGCAUGGAGCCGCCAGAGGUCCCAAUAUGGGGUCCACUCACUGGGUUUAUGAAGGGCCAACAAUUUGGCUUGAAGAAGGAGGUGCGGCACGCCAUUGAAACAGAAGCAAUGACUCGGCAUUUUGAAUGACACACAACUCAUUCCAACACUAAAAGGCUCAUAGUCAGAUGUCGUAAUCAUCACGAGGGGUGCAAUGUUAGGAUUCGGGCCAUCAACAGCAAGAGACACGGCCACUGGGUCAUAUCCCGUGCGGUGAACACACACACACACACACAUGUGUGCCAUCCAUAACUUCCCAAGGCCAUCGACAGUUGAAAUCCAGGGUGGUUGCUGCGGCUAUCAAGCAUCUAAUUGAGCAAUAGAUCCGGACCUGAAGGAGAAAGUCAUAAUCGCUGACAUUGCAAGUCGUUAUGGUUAUAUGAUUAACUAUAAGAAGGCGUGGCAUGGAAAGAAGAAAGCUCUGGCCGCCGUCUUUGGUGAUUGGGAAGAAUCAUAUGCAUUCCUUCCCAGGUUAAUUUUGGCAUUGGAGGCGUCUAACCCUGACACGGUUUUCUCCCCUCGAUACCAAGAUGAAUAGAUACAACCCCCAGAGCCAGGUAACAAGCGCCAUUUCAGACGACUUUUUUGGGCAUUCAAGCCAUCUAUUGAUGGUUUUGGCUUCUGUGUCCCUGUCAUCCAAGUGGAUGGUACAUUCCUUACCGACAAGUACAAGGGCACUCUCCUGAUUGCUAGUGGGGCGGAUACAAACAGACAAGUAUUUCCUUUAGCCUUCCACGUUCAAGCACACAUCAGCCACGUCCAAGGAAGAAGGAAAACAGUUCUUUUUGGAAGUUGCUCUCCAGACGGUUGCUUACUACGGUGACUACCUCAUGGCUAUAAAUAGGAGGAGGGGUUGACAGAGAAAGGGUUCCCAAAACCAACACUUUGACACACAUGUCAAGUUUAUCCUUUACCUUUUGGUAUUGUGGAGCUCUCGCUGAAUCCUUGAUAGGAGCAAGAGUAGGAGUUGUGAGCCGUGUCUUAAUAAUCGUUGUCCGAAAAAGUUAAAAGUACAAUCAAUUCGAUUUCAACACAAGUUUUCUCACUAAAAACAAGUACGUUUAUUAAUAUUAACUACUAGCUAGCGCUAAAAUUUAAGAAAAUAAAACAUUAACAUGUAUGUGUAGCAUUUGUAGCUAUUGUGAUUUUGUCGAGCCAUGAUUAGUGAACGCAAAAUGCAUGAUUUGAUAAUUCGUACAACCAAACCACUAACCACAAAUUACGGGUUAACCAAAUUGUGCAUGAUUUGAUAUGUAACUUAGAGGUUUAAUCGCAACUCACAAAUCAAAGCCAACUACUACGAUUAAAUAAACUACAUACACUGUAUCUGAUCACAUGGCUCUCUACCCCAAACUUCAAAGUCCAUAUACAAAUCUAGGGCGCUUAGCUCUCAUAGGACGAAGUCGAGCAUCAUGUCUCCUAGAAAAUCCAACAUCAUUUUCCCUUAUAUAAAUGGUCGACAGAAAGAAUGGAACGAAAAUGAUAAGAGCUACAGAAAGUUCAAGGUUUGGCAAUAGAAUAAUUAAUAAUGUCAUAGUCGGGUCUCAUUCAAGAAGAGGAAACAAAGGAAGAAGCAAACGUAGAAAACAAAAUCAUGACACAAAUGCCAAGGUUGUAGAAAGUACCCGCAUGCUUGAGUAUAAGGACAGGGAAAUGAAAGGAUCAAAGGAAGGAAGAAAACCAUUGACAGACCAACUCACUACACUAUUUGGCACUGACUUUGAUCUAAUUUCCAAGAGAGAAAGAGAGAUGCGUGGACAUCAAGCACUUGUCAACUUUCCUUCGAUUGUUCAGAGAAUCCUUUACUCUAAUAUAGACUCAUUCAGUCAUUCCCUCUCUGGGCGAUUUUUCCCGCCACCUUCUUCCAACAUUCUGGGAUAUUUCCAAUUCCAUUUUCUUCUCUUACAUAAAAACUACACCAUUCAUCAUCGGGGAUAUAGAGUAAUUGUACACCAUCCUUCCUGGGCUAUUAUUUUCUCGUUCGACACCUCUCUAUCUAUAACUUAAUUAAUUAUGAAAAAACAG